AUGGAGGGCUAUCCAUCCGACUUGAAGAAACAAACUCCCGCCCCAGUUGCGGAUGCACCAUCUGCACCUCCUUCGGCAGAACCCGAGCACAAUACCCCGGUCAAUGGUGAGGUCAAGUCCAUCGAGGAAGACCCGGUCAACGACGAUAACCUCACUCCGCCCCCAGACAGCCCAAUGUCGGACCCUUCUGACCCACCACACAACACGCUGGAGGACGAGAUUGUAGUCGGCACCAACGCCAACGGCACCAAGUCAUCGCCCCUGCGUGUCACUUCGGACCAGGAGGACGUUGAUAUGGAGGAUGCCGAAGAUCGUACUCCCAUCUCGCACUACCCCAAGCGCAAGCGCGCCUCGGUCUACAACGAGCUGAACGAAGACAAGAUUGAGAACAGCAUGGCGGCAGGCGACGAGAGCGACAUGCGUGUUGGCCCCGGCAGGCCGAGGACCCACGGUAUGGCCGGUGUCAAAGGUGUCAUCUUGGGGUACUGGCGCGAUUCUGAGGUACCUAAUGAGGAGGAUAAGCAUGCGGUUAUCGGCUUCAUUGAUGUCCGCGAUCGUCUGCGUACCCGUGUCCAGCCCAUCAACCGUGCCGGCAAGCUCGUUAUUAACGAGUGGCCCCUCCCGCCUGGUCCCGGUGGUAGCUGGGUCACUUUCGAGCGUGUCGUCUUCAACAAGCAUCUCGUUAAUCUCGAUCACAACCAGGUCAAGGAGUACGUCAAGAUCCGCACCGAGGCCAUAGGUGUGCAUGAGACCGAAGAGGAGAUGGAGGCCAAUGACAAGGCCGCUGUCAAGGAGGCCAUCAGGCGCGUGCAGGAGAACCCUCCUGUCGAGACGGCCACGGCACCUGCCAUUGCCUACGGCCCAGAGAUCCCCGAGCAUGCCGUAGUGAACCACCGCCCAGAGAUGAAGAAGCGACGGACGGGCGGGGUUGGCACCAUCGCGGAUGGCGUCGCUGCCCCUCCCCGAAACCUCAUCGACACUCUUCCCGGCACCCGCCCCACAAAGAUCCUCCUCGGCUACUGGAAAGGCUCGAGCGAGCCUCGGCCAGAGGACCGCCAUGCUGUCUUCGGCAUCCUGGGCGCCAACGACAUGUUCCGGGUCAAAGUUACGCGCGAGACUCGCGACGGUCGGCACGUGUCGGGCAACUUCCCAACCGGAGCCGGUGCCCUGUGGAUCCACUGGGAAGAGGUCGAGUUUGAGCCUCACAUCAAGCCGCUGGCGCGCCCAGAGAUCAAGGAGUACGUUCGCGUACGCCAGCAUCAAAUCGAUAACGGCGAAUCUCCUGAGGACCGAAUCGGAAACGAGACCAAGGCCGUCUACGAAGCCCAGCAGCGUGUUACCAGCGUUACGAGGCCCGAGGCUCUCCAAAAUCUCACUUAUGGCAAUGUCGGUCCAGCCGUAGCUCCUGCGCCCGCCGUUCCGAAUGGAGAGGAUGGAUAUCCCGAGCUCAAGGCGAAGCGCGAGUACACUGGACAUGAGCUGCGCCAGUCCCGCCGCAAUCUUCCCGACUCCAAGGACGCUGCUCGAGCUCCUCGAUAUUCCCUGCCCGAGGCUUCUGAGCUUCGGGCUGCGAAUCGCACCCCUAGCAACUUGGGUAACGAGGACAACAUCACUAGAUCCAACAACAUUGCCAGGCGCGAGAUCGCUCGCUUCGAGGCUCGACAGAUGCGGAAUGAUCAGCGCGCCGCCAGCCGCGAGGCCACCGCGUCCCGCGAGAACAACAAGGCCCUCUUCUCGGAUCAAGUCGGCCGUCUUAACAAGGUGUGGGCCGCCCAGGAGGCCAAUCGUCUCAAGGCCGGCACUGAAGAUGCCAAGAUCCACAUGGGAGUCAAGUACGAGCGCAAGCAGACCGGCCCCUUCCAGGGCAAGCUCGUCAGCCAGGGGACUAUCAUCUCGAUCGACGGCGAAGACUACGUCGAGUAUCGCGUGCUCACCAAGCCUACCUUCUUCUAG